AUGAAGGAGGAUAUCUUGGAGCAGGGCCAUGACACCACCAUCCCACUCUGCCAGCCACAUAAUGGAGCCUUCGAUAUGAAAAAGGUGCCACAAAGAGAUUCGCGAGGGCCGCCAAUACCAGCGAAGAGAGGAGCUCGGAGAUCGGGAUCCAGCUCAAGCCCACGCCCACGCCCACGCCCACGCAAACAACGGCACACCGGUGUCAAAACCACGUCCGUCCUACUAUCUGCUCUCGCAACUGUCCCUGUCGCAAUGGCCCAGAGUUGUAUAUCGUUGGCCGGCUCGACCCAGUGUCCGGCCUUCACCUCUGCCUCUAUCUCGACCGAUAGCUCCUUAGUCGGCCUUUUCCCGUUCCUGCAAUUCGUCUCUAGCACAUCAAACUUCGAUGAGCAACUGAGCGCCUACGUAUCCACGAGCUAUGUCCAGCAGAAGCACACGCUUCUCGGCUGCAGCAACAUCAAUCUUACCAACACCACCAAUCUCUACGCCCGAUUCACGACCUCAGUAAUAUGUAAUGCGAUAAUUCAAAACUCCAUAACAGCGUGUGGACUCUCUCCAUCGGCUGCACGGCCGCUCUGUGCCAACACCUGCGCCGAACAUGCAGAGAGCGAGGCAAUCACCGCUGCCAAUAGCGACGUCUGUUCUAACCCUGGCGUCAAUGUUGAUACUCAAAUCCGAGCUGACUUCACCAAUUGUGCCUUGCCGGCUGAGUCGUUAAGCGGAUCCUGCAUCGACGGCGCUGCUAACGAAGCAGAGAAUUGCGGGUUCGGUAACAGCACCAUUGGUUUAUGUCAGUACUGUGGUACUGGAGGACAGAACAGCACGGACACAUGCUGUUAUAACUCUCAAGCGGAAUCGAGAUGUGCUAAUGUUGUGCUUCCUACCAUCACCAGCUACAUUAGCUUUUCAACGAGUGCCCCAACAGUCGGAGCCACUGCAUCAUCUACCUCUACCACCCCAGCCACCACAACAUCAACACCUGGUGGAUCCAACUCAGACAAUGGACUGUCUGGAGGGGCCAUUGCUGGAAUUGUAAUUGGGUCAAUCGCUGGCCUCAUACUCCUUAUUGGACUGAUCUUUGCCCUCAUAUUCUUCCUCCGCCGUAGACGAGGUAGCCAGGCUGGUAGUGCGUUUAACCAACCCAAUCCUGCCCGGGGCGGCAAAUCGCAGGGGAUGGCCUACAAUCCAGUUACAAGUAGCAAAGAUGCUCCAGACGGGUAUGAAGUGCUUCCCGGGGGACGCAUUGCACGAAUGUCGGCUUUGGAAGGCCAUUCAGGAGAUUCGCCUCCACGUGGAGGAGAUAUACGAGCCGUCGGAGCCGGAGGUACUGGAGCCGGAGCCGCGAUUGCGUAUGCAGCUGCUCGAAAGAGACAGGACCUGUCAUCUUCGGAUGAGUAUAGUCUAGCAUCACACUCGAAUGGCGGAGGAGUUCUGAGGCCACCCCCCACCGGACGGCGAGGUGGAUCACUAUCCAGCAGUUCAGUCCUAGGAUUGGACGAUCCCCAAUCACCCAUAUCUGCCAGCGGCGGAGAGCUGUCCUCGCCUCCAGGUGUUGCCAGUCAACAAUCCGAGCAACUGCCAUUUUUCAAAGACUACUACUCACAAGACGAGAUCCAUCCAGGAAGCACGGUUGCAACACUCUGGGCUUACCAGCCAAGGGCCAGUGACGAGUUCGCGCUGGAGAGAGGAGAUAUGCUCAAGGUGGUGGGUAUUUGGGAUGAUGGCUGGGCGACAGGUGUAAUGAUCGAUGACCGGGCAGAUGAUUGGGAUGCCAAACGCAAAGCUCAGCGUGACAGCGGUGUAUCGAACACUUCCGGUCGGAAGGACGCUUCACCAGUCGUAAGCGGUGAGAUUAAGGCUUUCCCGCUGGUGUGCGUAUGUCUACCGGACCACUGGAGGAAAACCAUAGAAGGCGAUGCAUCCACCGAGAAUUCGAGUGCGCCGGCCGGCCUCAGCCGAUGA